GUGAGAGUCAUAAAGUGUUGGCAAAGGUGACUAGACCUUUCGAAAAUUUUCCCAUUAAAUUGUUUGAACUUCAAAAAAUUAUUAGUUUAAUUUGUUGUAUCUCAAAAUUAGAAAACAUGUGUAUAUAUUUAUUCCAGAAAUCGUAAUAGUUGUAUGGUCGAAAUUAAUCAGAAUGCAGAAAAUUAUUCCAUAGUAUCCAUCAUCAGAGAGAAAAAUUGUAUAAAAUGAUAUAUGAUGAAAAAGAAGAGGAGAGUUAUCCAUCAUUUUUGCCGGCACGCUACAUAUUUGCAUUCCUCGCCAAUGUGGGCAUGGCAAUCGUGUAUGGAUUUAAGGUAAGUCUGAACGUAACGAUGGUCGUCAUGGUAAACCAUUCGGCUGCCCUUCACGUCAGUACUUCAGCGCCGGGUAACAAAGAUGUGGGCUGCCAUCCGCCGCCUGGCACCUCACCGAAUGCUAAAGAGGAGGACGGACCAUUCAAUUGGAGCGAAACCCUUCAAGGUAAACUGUUGAGCUGCUACUUCUGGGGCUAUAUGGUGUCGCAGAUUCCGUUGGCUCGCGUAGCCGAAAUAUUUUCAGCAAAAUGGGUAUUCCUCGGCGCUGUGGCGAUCAAUGUCAUAUGCACCAUAUUCUCACCAGGUCUUGCGAAGCUUCACUCUGUUGGGCUGAUGGCUAUGCGCAUUCUGGAAGGCGUUGGCGGUGGAGCGGCAUUCCCAUCGAUGCACACCAUGAUAGCCAGUUGGGCGCCACAGACGGAACGGCUGCUGAUCGCCACUCUGAUCUAUGUGGGCACAUCGGCGGGCGUGGCGAUAUCGAUCUUGUUGUCGGGCGUGAUCGCCGAUCAGAUGAACUGGGAGGCGGUCUUUUAUAUAAUGGGUAGUCUGAGCAUCAUUUGGAUGAUCCUAUGGAUAUUCCUCAUACAGGACAGCCCAAACAAACAGCACCUGAUGACCGCCAAGGAGCGUGACAUGAUAAACGCCUCGUUGGGCGAGGAACAUACUGCACUUAAAGUACCCUGGUGCAAGAUCUUCACAUCGGGUGCCUUUUGGGCAAUUCUCAUUGCUCACACCUGCAGCAACUUCGGUUGGUACAUGUUCCUCAUCGAGAUUCCGUCCUACAUGGACCAGGUGCUCAAGUUCAAUGUGUCGAAAAAUGCAGUCUUUAGCGCUUUGCCCUAUAUACUCAUGCCGAUAUUCAGCAUCGUACUUAGCAAGGUAUUGGAUAUAUUACAGAAUAAGAAUAAGAUCAAGCGAGUGACUGCCCGAAAGAUCGCAACGGGAAUAGGUUCAGUCGUCCCAGCCCUCUGUCUGUUUGGUAUGUGUUUCGUCGGAUGUCGGCACUAUGUGGCCGUUAGUAUCAUGUGUUUGGGUAUUGUGGGCGCGGGCGGCAUGUUCUGCGGCUUCCUCUCGAAUCACAUGGAUAUAUCACCAAAUUUUGCUGGUACAUUAAUGGCGCUGACCAAUACUAUUGCCACAAUACCUGGCAUUGUGGUGCCUAAACUAGUCGGUUUUAUUACCGACAAUAAUCAAACCAUUCAGGCCUGGCGAGUGAUAUUUGGUAUCGCAAUUGGUCUGUAUAUUAUUGAAUUUGUUAUUUACAUGAGCUUGGCAAAGGGUGAAGUCCAACCGUGGGAAGAGGGCUAAUUAGAGCUGGUUUCAAAAUGGAAAACAAAAUCAUUUAAAAAAAAAAUUAAGGAAUAAAAUUUGUAUUUCAAACUAAA